UCUUCCUCCACACAUUCCCACACCUCUCCGAUUCCUCCGCCCCCAUCCCCUCCUCUCACUUCACAGCCGCCCAAGAACCUCUCCCUACUCUAUCUCCUUCUCCUAUAAAAGCAGCCCAAGUCUCCCUACUCCCUCUCCAACAAGAACCGAGCAACAAGUCACUUCCUCCUCUUUUUUCUUCUUCUCCGGCGAGCCGACCUUCCUCCGGCGAUCUUCCCUCCGGCAAGCCUUCCUCCCUCCACCGAAGCUCGGAUCGGGGUGGAGCUUCAGUCUAAAGAUUUCCUCUCUACUUUCCAAAGAGGAAGAAAAGAGGGUGCUUGGCUAACACAACUAUCAAAAUGGAGGAAUUCAAUGAGCCAUUCAUCAAGGCUAACAAUCCUGCUAAGAAGCCCAUAUGGUCCUUCAUCCUGAAAGCUCAUGAGGCCUCCAUUGCUCUCAAAAACCAAUUUCCCAUUCCCAUUUCUACUAAAACUGGCAAACAAGGCAAGCGAAGUUUCCUCUUCAGCUUCAUCAGCGGUCUUCUGCUCUGCUCCUCUCUGGUUCUUACUUUAGAAACAGUGGCCUAUUGGAAUGGUUGGUAUCUGGAAAACCCUAAAAGCAUUGAGAAAGAGGGAUGGAUGCAUUUGACUUACCUUUCGUGGAUCAUAUUUCGAGCCAGAUAUAUUUCCUUCCCAGUUCAGAUUUUGUCAAACUUUUGUAUUGUUCUUUCAGUCAUACAGUCCAUGGAUAGAAUCAUAUUGUGCCUCGGAUGCAUUUGGAUCAAGAUCAAGAACAUUAAACCGAGAACUGAGUGCGGAGCAUUCAAAGCUGAGGCUGAUUUCCCUAUGGUUCUGGUGCAGCUUCCAAUGUGCAAUGAGAAAGAGGUAUAUGAGCAAUCGAUUUCUGCUGCCUGUCAACUUGAUUGGCCGAAUGAUAGGAUCUUGAUCCAAGUUCUAGACGACUCAGAUGAUGAGAGAAUCCAUCUCUUAAUUCAAGCUGAGGUUUCCAAAUGGAGUCAAAGAGGAGUAAAUAUUAUCUACAGGCACCGUUUAUCUCGAUCUGGGUUUAAAGCAGGAAACCUCAAAUCCGCCAUGAGUUGUGACUAUGUAAAGAACUACGAGUUUGCGGCUAUGUUUGAUGCUGAUUUUCAACCAGGUCCAGACUUUCUUAAGAAAACAGUUCCUCACUUCAAUGGAAAUCCAAAUCUUGCUCUAGUUCAAGCAAGGUGGAGCUUUGCAAAUAAUGAUGAGAAUUUGUUAACUCGAUUUCAAUAUAUAAAUUUGUGCUUCCAUUUUGAAGUGGAGCAACAGGUCAAUGGGGCCUUCUUCAACUUUUUUGGGUUCAAUGGAACAGCAGGUGUUUGGAGAAUUAAGGCAUUGGAGGACUGUGGAGGUUGGCUUGACAGAACAACUGUUGAGGAUAUGGAUAUUGCUGUUCGUGCUCACUUGUGCGGAUGGAAUUUUAUCUUAUUAAAUGAUGUCAGGGUGCUUUGCGAGGCUCCAGAAUCAUAUGAGGCUUACCAGAAGCAACAACACAGAUGGCAUUCUGGUCCUAUUAAUCUAUUCCGCUUAUGCCUUCCUACUGUUUUAACUUCAAAGAUAUCAGCUUGGAAGAAGGCAAAUCUAAUCUUCUUAUUCUUUCUAUUAAGAAAGUUAAUUCUUCCAUUAUAUUCAUUCUCAUUAAUCGGUUUCAUUCUCCCUGCAACCAUGUUCGUUCCUGGAAUCGAGCUGCCAAUUUGGCUUAUUUGCUAUGUGCCAUUCAUUAUGUCCCUCUUUAAUGGAUUCUUGGCACCUGGAUCUUUCCCUUUUCUUCUGCCACAUCUCUUAUUUGAGAACACAAUGUCAAUGACAAAAUUCAGUGCCAUGUUCUCUGGAUUAUUACAACUUGGGAGCUCACAUGAGUGGAUUGUCACUAAAAAGGCCGGUCGGUCAUUGAAACCAGAAAUCUUGGAUGAGAUUGAGAUAGAUACAAAGUGUAAUACUUUUGAUCUUCGUAGAAGAGCAUUGGAUGGCAAGGUUGUGGAGAAAAGUAAAUCAAAGGAGAAGAAGGAAGUGAGUUCUGUUUCAGAUGAGAAAGAUAAGAAGAUUUACAGGGAAGAGCUUGUUGUUGCUCUCUUCCUUCUUGUAGCUGCAGGCAGAAGCUUGUUGUCAGCUAAAAUUAUUCACUUUUAUCUGUUACUCAUUCAAGGGAUGAUGUUUCUUAUUGUGGGAUUUGGUCUGUUCACUUAGUAGACUGGAUCAAAAAAAUAGGGAAAAUUUCUAGCGAUAUUAUAUGAUUUGAUCUAAUGUUCUUCAGUUUGAGAGUAUAUAAACUUAUGUUAUGUAGCAAUUAUACAUUUGGGAAGAACAACCACUGCAAGUAAAAUAGUGAGAUUACCAUUAUGAUGAAU